CACAAACACUACACUACAACAAAGCUGAUUUCUUCACUGAAUGACUGUUUAUAGUGCCCGCUCUUGUGCUUCACUUGAAGUCAUACAAAGAAGGUUUCCAAUUUCACUAAGCAUGAUUUUUUUUCCACUGGGCUAGAAUCUCCCCAUCCCCCAUUACAGCAACUGCAGACUGGCUGAUAGACCCCAUCCAUCCUCUCCUCUGAAGCAGUCUUAUAGUGGAGAAAAUUCAAUCACAGUCGCCCUGAUGACAAGCCUUUGCCUAAGCAGGAAGCCCCAUCAUGACAUGCACAUGUUAUAUUAUUCCAGCUUGCUCUUCUUAUAGUUGUAAAUAUUUGUUCUGCCACCAAAGAGCCAAUAUGUCAAGAGGCUGCUGCCCAGAUGUGGGGCACACUGCAGUGCAAUUAGGUUAACUUAAUGCACUCCACUUUUAAUUCAUUGGAUCAGCUAUUUUGUAUUGCCAGUGAUGGCCAUGCAGGCUAGAAUUACCAGCCACUAAAGUUACAACGUCUGUCAAAGGCUGCAGUUGCUGCUGUGAAACAUCUUUAAAUGUGACAUGCUCUAAUAUAAACACGCGCACGUAUGCGAGUCAUCCCAACAUACCUGUUUAGUUUGAUUAAAUCCCCUAUUUUUCUUAUUCCGUCCUCAUUGUGCCGCAGAUCAUGCCGCCUUGUGCAAGCAUUUGAAUCCCCGGUUAGUGUCCAUGACUGUCUCUUAUAUCAAAUGUGCUCUUCGCUGCAAGAAGAGGCGGAUGGCUCCGAGGAGAACCCAGCCACUUUCUUCCAAAGGGAGCCACGGAGUGCAGAUCGGUGAAAUCUGCACAAAACAGUGUCCGUGGAGGUGAUGCCUGAAUGUGUACUGUAAAAAAAGGCUGUACGAGUGUUACGCAUAUGCGUUGCAGCGCUUAACCUACGGGAACUACACAGAAACAGCGCGGAGUCGCCGGUAAAUAUCCCCGCAAUAAGCAGCGACAGUGGUAUGCACCGCUCUUUUGUUGGGGAGCCACAGCGUCCUAUGCGACGGCUCCAAUGUGGGAGGAGUCUGUUGAGACUGGCGUACACCUUGAUCCGGCCUUGAAAGAAGUCAAUUAUAACCCAACAUAUGAAACCAUGUUUGCCCCAGAGUUUGGGCCAGAAAACCCCUUUAAAACGCAACAGAUGGCUGCCCCAAGGAAUAUGCUAUCUGGCUAUGCAGAACCUGCUCACGUCAACGAUUUUAUGUUCGAGCAGCAGAGGAGGACCUUUUCGGUCUUUGGUUAUGCUUUAGAUCCAUCUGUUGACACAAACCAAGUAACUGGCAGUACUUACAUUGGAGCAGUGGAUGAGGCUGAGAAAAAACAGGGCUUGACAGUGUUUGAGAGUGGCUACAAGAAGACGGAGAAAAGGAAAAAGAUCAAAGGUGGUGAACCAGGGGAGAUCGACAACUUCCUCGGACCGUGGGCCAAAUAUGUUGACGAGAAAUUGGUGGCCAAACCAACAGAGGAGGAGAAGAAAGAGCUGGAUGAGAUAACCGCUAAAAGGCAAAAGAGGGGGAGGAAUGAAGAUGAAGCUCCAGCUGAGGAGAAGACUAUUCUUCAUGUUAAGGACAUGUACGACUACCAGGGAAGAUCCUACCUGCAUGUUCCUCAGGACGUGGGAAUCAACUUGCGGUCUUCAGAAGCACCAGACAAGUGUUAUCUGCCCAAGAAGCAAAUCCAUGUUUGGUCCGGACACACCAAGGGCGUCAGUGCCAUCCGACUGUUUCCCAAGUCUGGUCAUCUACUGCUUUCCUCCUCCAUGGACUGUAAGAUUAAGUUGUGGGAAGUGUACAAUGAGAGGAGAUGUAUAAGGACCUUUAUUGGCCACAGCAAAGCGGUGCGAGACAUUUGCUUUAACAACACGGGGACGCAGUUCCUCAGCGCCGCCUAUGACCGCUACCUCAAACUCUGGGACUCUGAGACAGGCAAGUGCAUCUCUCGGUUCACCAACAGAAAGGUGCCCUAUUGCGUCAAAUUCAACCCAGAUGAGGAGAAACAGAAUCUUUUUGUGGCCGGCAUGUCUGAUAAGAAGAUCGUCCAGUGGGACAUCAGGACCAAUGAGGUGGUUCAGGAGUACGACCGACACUUGGGCGCCGUCAACACCAUCACGUUCGUGGAUGAGAAUCGUCGCUUUGUCAGCACAUCAGACGACAAGAGUCUUCGAGUUUGGGAGUGGGACAUCCCCGUGGACUUCAAGUACAUCGCCGAGCCCAGCAUGCACUCCAUGCCAGCUGUGACACUUUCUCCAAAUGGUAAGUGGCUUGCGUGCCAGUCUAUGGACAAUCAGAUUCUGAUUUUUGGAGCCCAAAACCGCUUCAGACUGAACAAGAAGAAGAUCUUCAAGGGCCACAUGGUUGCUGGAUAUGCUUGCCAAGUGGACUUCUCCCCUGACAUGAGCUAUGUGGUGUCAGGGGAUGCAGACGGAAAGCUGAACAUUUGGGACUGGAAGACAACCAAGCUGUACCACAGGAUCAAGGCUCACGACAAGGUGUGCAUCAGCGCCCUGUGGCAUCCUCACGAAACCUCCAAGGUCAUCACCUGCGGUUGGGACGGACAGAUCAAACUCUGGGAUUAGAAUGUUCUUUAGAGCAGGUGUCGAUCUGGGGCAUUGUUAGGUGUUGCAAAUGAAAGCCACAAGACUGGCAUCCAGUCUUAUUGUAUUUUUGUAUCCACACAUGAAAAUUCUUGCUAUUCCUGUAUAUAGAUGUGAGAACAUUGGUUAUUUGUACUUCUGCUAAUGCAUAUGAGCUGUAUGUUGACACAAGUUAUUGCAGAUGGGUUUUGAUGUUUUCAUUUGCAGUUUCUUGUGUAUUUUAUAAGUAGAAAUCAAGCUUAUUUUCAAUGACAUGUCCAGGGUCGUGGAAGUAACAAACUGUGCAUCAGUUUUACCCAGGCUCCUGCUUCUGUUUAUGAUGAGCCCUUUUAACACUGGGUUUUUAUUAAAAAUAACAAAAACAAAAUACCAUAUGUGUUUGAGAAAGCUAACUCUUCUACUCCUGAAACGCUGCAUACAAAAGGGUGACAUUUUGUCACAACAUGCAGCACUACUGUGUUGCUUGUGCUGCUAUUUCAAUGACAAAUACACCACACGGUGGCGCUGGUAUUAAACCCCAACUUUUACCCCCAUAAAUCGACUUCACUCACA